GGAGGAUGAGGGCUUCAUCAAGGAAGAGGAGCGUCCGCUUCCGGACAACGAGUUCCAACGGAAGGUGUGGCUGCUCUUUGAAUACCCGGAGAGCUCGCAGAACGCCCGCGUUGUGGCAAUUAUUUCCGUCUUUGUUAUUCUCCUGUCCAUUGUGAUCUUUUGCCUUGAGACGCUACCGGAAUUCAAGCAUUAUAAGGUGUUCAAUACCACGAACAACGGUACAGUGGUCGAGGAGGACGAGGUUCCUGAGGUUACAGACCCUUUCUUCCUGAUAGAAACCAUUUGUAUCAUUUGGUUUUCAUUUGAACUACUAGUGAGAUUUUUCGCGUCGCCGCUUAAAGGAGCAUUUAUGAAAGACAUCAUGAACAUUAUCGAUAUUGUAGCUAUCAUUCCUUACUUUAUUACGUUGGCUACCGUUGUCGCUGAGGAGGAGACCGAGGAAUACGUGAUUCCGGCGGAGAGUCUGUCGCCGCACGAGAAGGGGUCAAACCAGGCCAUGUCCUUAGCCAUCCUUCGUGUCAUUCGACUGGUUCGAGUCUUCAGAAUAUUCAAGCUUUCUCGACACUCCAAGGGACUCCAGAUCCUUGGAAGAACGCUCAAGGCAUCGAUGAGAGAACUCGGCCUGCUCAUAUUCUUCCUCUUCAUCGGUGUGGUUCUCUUCUCAAGCGCUGUGUACUUCGCCGAGGCAGGUUCAGAAAAAUCUCACUUCAAGUCAAUUCCCGAUGCCUUCUGGUGGGCGGUCGUCACCAUGACAACUGUGGGCUAUGGAGACAUGACGCCCGUUGGAGUCUGGGGGAAGAUUGUGGGGUCCUUGUGCGCCAUCGCCGGUGUGCUGACGAUCGCUUUGCCCGUCCCUGUCAUCGUGUCAAACUUCAAUUACUUCUACCAUCGGGAGACAGACCAAGAGGAGAUGCAGAGUCAGAACUUCAAUCACGUCACCAGUUGCCCGUACCUUCCUGGCACUGUUGGCCAGCACCUGAAGAAGGACUCGUUAUCGGAAUCCUCGUCCGACAUCAUGGAGCUGGAGGAGGGCAUGCUGAUGCAACAUGAUCUCAGUAAAAAGCAGAAUUGCAACCCUCGCCACAACAACAAUAUAAACGCCAUGAGCAUCGAGACUGAUGUCUGACACUUGUGUGUCACACAGGACUCGAGUAGUGCCAAUAUAGUGUGCACGAAGUAACAGUUAAACGUUGGUGGAGCUGCCGUAUCAUCCUCACACUACGGAUCUUCGUGGUGGUGGAGGCAGCCUUGAAUGCACUCGGGUCAUAUUGGGUCAGGAGGUCAAAGGUUUGUCUCUUUCUUGGAAGAGAUGAUCCAGUUUGGGGAUGAGAGAGAAUUGGAGACAGAGAAACGGAGGAAAGAAAAUAUACAGUCAAGAAAAACGGUUACCCUAGUCAGGCUCACUUCUUCAGGGUAAAUCAAUAGAAAAACACAAAGAAACGAGAGAGAAAAACGAUAGUAAAUUGGAGCAGAUAAAGGCAUAAGAAAAGGCAAACCAGGCUCGAAGAUCAGGUCACGCCAUUAUCACAGGAUCACCACGUCAGACAUGCUAGGGAAGUGGGCCUCUGCGUCGAGACCGAAGACUCGCCACGCCCACGACUCCGCGCACAUACGACCCCAAAGGUUUCAAGGCAGCCGAAGUUCCCAGAUGAAAACAACAACCACUGACCUAUGACCUCCAUUCUUGACCUGAUUUGACCGCAGAGUGGCGCAAAAAUGCAAUCAAAAUAGCGCAAGAUAGGAAGGCUGCAUAGCUGGACUAAGAAGUGUUCGAUAUACUGUACAUGUGAUAUCCCCUAAUCUAUAUAGUGGAAGAAUGACCUCAAUUAGAAAAUAAUUGUUUUCUCAGAUAGGAAAUGUCUAAAUUUGUUUUUUAUAAUAAACCAAUUGGUUGUUAAAUCAGUGUGGUGAUAGUGAAUGCCGCUGAGAUGAUGCGUGCGUUGGGAUGAGCCCCUCUGGGACCUCGAGCAGUCCUCGAACGCCCGCUCCUCUCCUGAAGAAGGAGGACCUGGGGAAGGGAGGGCUGCCGCCGGACUCAGAGCGGCUCACCUCGUGACGCGGUUCCCAAGAAGUGGUUCAAGUUUAUCCGCUACCUAACCCCUUCUCUAGACGGACUUGCAAAUGUUUGAUAACCCUAAGGUCCCCAUCGUGCCAGGGAGGUCACUUCCCCUCUGUUGAUCCCCCCUUCCGGUAACCCUUCUCCAGCCGAGUCCAGCGCCCCUGGGCCGCGGCGGCGCUCGAGGAGGGCUUCAAGGUAUACACGCUCUCUGGCAUAUUCUCCUUCCGUCUCAACUUUAUCCUGCCGCUUCCAAAGAACACAAGGUAUCUGCAAGCGGUCCUUGGAAUCCAUAUCUUACAGCUCUGGUUCUCGGGUGGCCCACCAGCUUCAUGGGGUGUCACAGGGCGCCCCGGGGUCCUUUCCGGACGGACGGGCGACCCGGUCGAGUCCUCCUGAAGCUGGUGAGCCGCCCUUAUUUCAGAUCCCAUAGUAGGAGCAUUCUAUGGUAGUGGACCCCACGUAUGACUCCCCCCAACUGCCCCGAAGCACCACCACUGUUGUUGAUUUUUUUCCUUUCAAUCUUAUUCCUGAUCUGCCAUUUUUCUGGUGUUUGUAUUUUGAGCCCUCACUCCCCUGGACUCUUCCUCGACCACGCCUUCCCCAGCCCCACACUUUGAACGACUACUACGACCUCCUCUUGGCCUCUUCUGCCGCAGUAGUUCUAACCCUCGAAGUAUUAUAACCAACUCUUUGGAACUACCUUCCUCCCUCUCCUCCCCCCCUCCGCCUCACCCCACCCCUCCCCUCCCCCUUCUUCCCCCCUUCCUCUUCGCCAGAUGCCAAAGUGUUUGCAAGGACCUCCAGUAGUAGCAGUAUUUCCCCCGUGUGGGCAGAUGGGGGGGGCAGCUACGGGUGAUAGGAGUGAAAACCUUUUGGGUAACUUUUCUUCAUAUGAUCCCCUACCUAAUGUCAUUCCAACUCCUACAUGAAUUAGAACUUUCCCAGGUUGAACAGCAAUAAGGCAUAACAGUUUAUCAAUACCAUUGUAACUUUAGGAUUUGUUUUUUGUUCACUUUGCAUAAUAACAGUUUCGAAUAUUAGCUCUUUACGAUGCAUUUCAUAAUAUAUUGUUGUUCAACUGUUCCCCAAUAUACAUUCUCCUGUGUUAGUAAGUCAAGUGUGGGUACGAUGUUCGAAGACCGUUGCUGGUGAUAAAAGGUGCAUCAUUGCACUGCUGAUAUUGAGUGAUAUAAGGCCGAGGGGUUCCCCAGGAGUUCCUAUGGGGUUCCCUAGGAGUUCCGAAGUGUUCCCCAGGAGUUCGUGAAGGAGUCUCCGGGGUCCCCUAGGGGUUAGUCUUCCCCUUCUGUGACCACUGCUACCACCUGCUUCCACAACCCACAACCAUCGCCAAAUCCAAUGCCCGCUGCGCAGCCACCCAGUAGAAGAACAAAAAAAUGAUAAUGAUGAUAAUAAUAAUAAUAAUAAUAAUAAUAAUAAUAAUAAAAACUUGUGCGCAAACGGACGGGGAGGAACAACAAACAAAUGAGCAACGAAUGAUGCAGCUGCCGUGAUCAGACUCCGUUUAGUUACGUCAAGCAAGUGGUGAUGUUUGUGCCUGAAGCAAAUUAUACUGAAGCUUUACAAAGAAUGUAUAUAUUCGUUAUUCUAGUGAUUCAUUAGUUACUACUAAGAACAAUGGCCUGACUGAAGGAGGGAGGAAGGGACGUUAAAGAAAGCAGCUGGCGCGACAAUUUUUUCUCUCUCUUAUUUUUUUUUUUUUCUUCUUUUUUUUUUUUUUUUUGCAUUCUGGAAGUAGUAGUGAAAAUGGUGGCAGUAAUAUGUGCUGGAAAACCUCAGCUGUGAGACACCGCGUGCGCUAGAGCUGACAGUAUGCUCCUCAACAUGCUAUGCGGGAAUUUGUUUUCAAACCGUCUUAUUCAAACCUGAACUUCAUAACUAUAAGAUAAUAAACCAGCACUGUUCUAAGUGCUGGAUAAUCCUCGGGUUGUUUCUUUUUGCCACAUUUAUUGGAUGGUUUGAGAUACCAAUUCGGUGAGGUUGGUACCCCUGUGCGUGAAAAUGGCGCAGAAUAAAAAUAUAUAUAUAUAUAUUAUUAAAAAACACACAAGAACUGAAGAAAACAAACAAAAAGUAAUGUCAAAUCAAAGAAGUCACAAUCCUCAAGUAUCUUUGUGAGAAUGAGAUGCCAAUAUUUCCACAAGACAUCGUGAGGUAACCAAGUACUCAAGCCUGGGUCAUGAAGAUGAUUUCUGGCGGUACAUUAAAACGGGGAACACUGAAGACACGUGAACACGAGGCGAUCAGUAGUGAUAGGUUUACGAUGGACGUCCAGAUACGAAACAGGAUGGCUUAGUGAAAAAAAGGCUAUGAACUUAUAUAAAUAAAUAUAUAUAUAUAUACAAUAACGUUGCAAUGCUUCAGGGUCUAUAAGGCAGGAGAGUGCAAAAUGGAAAAUAAAAGGAUAAAACGAAGGAAGUGUUAUGUACGUUACGAAGAAAAGUGGAAAGCGAAGCAUGGAGGAAUUACAAAGAGUUAUAUAUGUAUAGAUAAAGUAUAUAACUUGUCAAGAAAGGUUUAUUGUCAAGACUGAUCAGGAAAACGAUAGCAGAGAUAUGGAUACACGAAAAGUAUAGAAAAUAAAGGGGCAGAUAAAAGGAAAUAAACAAAAAGUAAUAAGUAUAAAACAAAGAAAAUGCAGAGCAAGAAAACAUUCAUUGGCAAGUCCCACACACACGAAAAAUAAUGCUAAUAAACCAAAAAAUAUAUAAAUGAAAUAAACAUUUACCAGAGUAGCAGAAAUGGGUGUAGUUUCCGUCAAAGGCACAAGUCACAGAGAGCCUCAUCCCCUCUCCGAUAUAAGAUGUGCCGCCCUAUCACUCAGGGAGGAUGCUACUAUCAUUACAAACAAAAAUACUUAAAAAAACAUCGGAUUUUUAAAUUUCAGGAGGUUCCCUUUUUUUGGAAAUUGUUCUCAAGGCGCCCCCUCGCCCCACUUCCCUCUCUCCCCUUCUCUCUCUAGCCUUGGGGACCUGACCUCUUGAGAUAGCUGAAAUUGGUGAAGAUUUGACCCUAAAGCCCCUUCAGUGCUUCGUAAGAACUCUCGGAGAUUAUGUCAGGUUUCUUUUUCGAAAGUAGACAUUUUUAACCCUUUGGGACGAAGAAGCUUUGUAAGAAUCCAACCUCGUGUAAUUCAAACAAUUUUCAAUCUUUGACGGUACUUCCUACCGAUGUAAGCUUGGCAUUUUCUUUUCUUUUUCUCCGAUUUUGGAUAGAAAACUUGAUAUUAGUGAGUGGGAAAAAUACCUCUGCUUGGUUUAUCAAUAACAUGCUCUAGAAACUAGCCUAUCGUAAAAAAUAAACCCAAGUAUAUAAUCUUCCAGUGUUCUUACGUUGACAAGGCAUAACCCCUAAGCCCAUCUUUUGCGCACUGUCCGAGCGCAGGAUGCUUAUGGAGGGCCACUGACGCAGGCAGCUGGAAUGGACGCCGUAAGGAAUCGAGUAAGACUAGCAGAAGCUUUGAAUCUACAGUAAAGAGGAAAACAGACCAGUAGUGAAUUUAAAAUACAAGUGAAAAAAAAAUAUGAAAUAAUAACAAUAAUAAUAAUGUUCAAGUAUUUAGCUUGUCAGACUUAAAUGAUAUUUAAAGUACACAUAAUUAAAACUGCCCAUUCAUCACUUAACCUGCAUAGACAAUUCAGGAGGUAUCAGCUACCGAGGUGUACGAAAUAUAAAAAAAGACACGUUUUGUGUUCAUAUCACAACCUUUCACCCCUUUGCCUUUGCAUCGUUUAUAGCCAUAUUUCCUAAGUGAUGAUGUUGGAUUGUCUAAACAUAUCGUUCAUUCAAAAUAUGAAGCCUUGUCCUUUGUGUGAAUCAUCCUCACUUAUUACAUUUUGAAGUUUGUGUCCUCUUUCAUCAUUCUUCUUUGUGCUGCUUCUUCUUCAGUCAUAACUUCAGCCAGACAUCUACAGUGUAAAUAAUAAUGGUUUAAGUAAGUGGAUGACUGUACCCGGUGCUAAAUUUCCUUUACAGUCAAGGAAGAGGAAAUAAAUACAAAAAAUAUGAUGAUGAGUAAAAAAAAAAAAAAAAAAAAAAAUAUUGCAAAAAAAUAUGAGGUUUAGGUCACUUGUGUCCCAUGUUAUCUGCAGGUACUGUAGUGCAAGACAGAAAUUCAGCCUAGGUCAUCCAAGCGAAAUGUUAGAUCAGGUCAGGCAAAUUUGUAGAGCAAAUCUUAGAAAACUUGUAUGUAUAGCUAGGAAUGGAGAAAAAAAAACACACAAGAAACGGAAGAAAAAUAAAUGCUAAAGAGAAGACGGAAGCCAGGAGAUCGGUUAUUCCAAUAGUGUUGUGUAUUCAUUGCUGGAUAAGGGUGAGACUCGGGCAAGACAGGCACUUGAGGUUUUAAAUGAUUUUCUUAAAUUAUAACUGACUACCUCCCUCUGUAUUGUACAUGUAAGACAGUAGAAACUACAGCUAGUUAUCUUCACUUGCCAAGCUCAUACUAGUGUACAGGUGACAAGAAAAAUAUUGAUAACAUGAAAUGAAAUAGACCAUUAGAAAACAAAUGUAAAACAUCCACAAAUCUUCCUCCACUCUGCUUCAGCCAAAUUGAGGAAAAAAAACUGUGAACUAUCAUCACAGACAUGCUAGAAAAGUUUAUGAGAAAAGUCAUGUAGGAAGAAAGAUUAUGGAGAAGGACUGCAUAGGACCUAGGCAAAUAUCGCAAAUAUCUCCCCGACUAGUUUGUAGGUGAUGGUUAUCAUGCCUAUGAAUAAGAGUCUAGUUUAGAGAGAUAGAAUACCAAGUGAGUAAUUACCCAAAUUGAUCAGCAUUAUGAUAAUUUAAAUAGGAUGAUGAAAUUUGUGACAGUUCGCCUCUCCAAGAUCUGAUAAAGUGCAUUGCUUCAUUAUAAUUGAAGAAAUGCAGUCAAGUUUUUAUAUGUUUCUUUCUAAAGGCCUGUAUAUAUUCUGUAAAUAAUUGACUGAUUGUUUGUUUUACAUUAAGCCUGUUUAUUGUUGACGGUUUGAGAAUCUUAGAUAAUUAUUUUCUCUUGUUGCUGCAUGAGAACUUUGAACAACUCUUAACCCAUCAGGUUUUGUAGGUGUGGCCUCUUCCUCGUACUGCUUGUGAUUAGCUUACUGGGAGAGGGCCCCACCAAUCAGAACUUAGAGUGGGCUGCCCGUCCCAAGGUGUCCAAAUGCAGUCUCAAGUUUCCUAAUCAACUCUCCCCUUCUUGAGCACUAGAAGUAGGCACCAGCAAGAGGGGCGGGCAACCCAACCAUUUGCUUCAUACUUUAUCUAGGAAGAACCUCUAGAGCAUUAUUUGCUUGCUAGAUUACAAAAAAUAUUGGAAUAAAUGACCACUAAACAUUUCAGACGGCCGUAGUUCCUCAAAAUGCUGUAACCUCUUCAGCUAUUUAUGACUCAGCUUAAUCUAGAGAGACAAUGUAGUUGAUCCAAGACUGGGGUAGUUCACUGUGGAGUGAUCAGUUAUUUUGAUCCUCAGAUGGUAUUUCAAUAAGGCUAAUUUUCUGUGUUGUGAAUAUGAAAAUCAGCUUUAUAGGAGUGCCAUGCAAGGCUCAAAGUCGCUGCUCAGGUCACAAAUCUUGUUGGUAGAUUCUUCUGUUGCAUCAUACAUCAAACCAGUUUUUGGUACUUUGUCUUGAUAUGUGACGAGAUCAGUCAUUAUGAGCCUUAAGUGGGAUCUCCAAUAGGGUUCAUUUUCCUAAACGACAACACACGAGAAGGUGAUCCUUUUGCGAAAGUGCCGCCUGAUGCUCCAUAACGCAGGUCGCGUCACUAAAGUGCAGCGGUAAAACUUCUUCACUUGAGUCUUUCUCUCCAUUGUCUCUUUACAUAAUAAGGUGCCAUGUACUCCCAAGUUUAUCUUACUGGCUCCCUCUUCCCCCCCCCUCUUUAUUAUAUUGUAUCUAUGUUACUUUGCUUCAAACAGUUUUCUUUGUCCACUCAAGGAAAGAAAAUAUUGUUAGCAAACUGCAGCUACCAAUGACUAUGCCAACUCUUUCCAUUCUUUUCAGAAUUAUUCGUAGUGGUAUAGGGUUUCAAAUUAUUGAGACUUUCUCCAUUUAACUUUAUGAUGACUGCCUGUUAAUGUAUAUAAUACAAAUAAAAGUUGUUGGUUAAAUAAUGUAACAACAAUUCAUCGUCAUCCAUUCCAAAUCAAAAUGAAGGCAGAUGAGCUGUAAUUAAGAGAUACUAGGCAACCUAAUUCCAGGUAUUAUUGAUUAGGCUCUCCCUUUCCAUAUUUAUCCCUCCUACCCCUCAAUUACCUGAGGGACGGGAGAGAGACAGCGGCAACCCACACGCAUACCUGGGGCACGAGUUUCAGAUUGUAGUCAAGAGAAACUCGUCCCCACUAGAAAAUGGAGGGGGUUUCUUGUGCUGUCUGUCUGUCUCCCGGCCCUCGUAUCUGCUUCAGAAUCAGAGACAUCAAUGGGUUCCCAGAGUCGCAAAAAAUGGAAGAAAAGAAAAAAAGUUUCAAGGGGAAGACAGGAAGCAAAUGGGGCACCACUUUGGUUCUGAUGCUUCCUGCUUUCUCCUCCCACUGAUUGUGUACCAACCAUUGCAUGUCUCUGUAUUAAUAUGGUAAAUAAGAGAACCUCACCUGUUAUGGAUAUUUAAUUUUAGCAUGUUUCUUUAUAUGGAAUCACCUCUUUAUAAUAGCAUAUAUAAGGAAUUGAGGUAUUUAAAUUCAUUAAAAAAUAAAUAAUAAUAAUUAUAUAAUAAUAAUAAUAAUAAUAAACUUAAACCUCAUUAAACAUUUAGGUCAAACAUUCUGCUAAAAAAAUCACCUGGGAACUGAUCAUUUAUUAAAUCAAGUCAAUACUUAUAGGGUAUUUACUGAAAUUUGUUCCAUUUUGUUUAUUUUCUUGGGGCACAUUACUGGACCAUUGUGCUUCAAUUGCUUUCAUGUUUGUAUCCACUAGAGCAUGAGGGCCGCGUGCAACUUUUCUUGCUGCUGCAACAUCCAUCAAGGCUGAAUUUCUGGCAUUAGUUAUUUUUCUUUUUUUUAAUCUUUUUUUUGUCUCUCAAAGCGUAGAAUAUCAACCUUAAUUCAGGAUCGCGGCUUGAACAGCGCUGGCCCUAAGGCUUUAUCAGUAAUCAGUGGCAUAUUCAGGUGUUUGAGGUUAAUUAUUUUGGAUGGCUUUAAAGCAUUCUAUUAGUUGUAAUCAUAAAGACACAAGUUAAUAAACAUGCAGAUUGACUAAUUAUUUGUGGGAGGGAACUUAAAUAUUAACUACAAUAAAAAAAAUAAAAAAAAUGUUAAAUGCAAGCAAAAUUGAUCAUAACAAAAAACGACCCUAAAAUGGUUUUUAAAUUUCCAUUGAUCUACUUCAAAUUCCAUGUAAUAAUAUGCCAGGAUUUGCCACUCAAGAGAUAAAGACAACACAAACAGUAAAUAUAAUAAAAAAAAAAAUAUAUGAAUUAAUACGAAUAUCUUAAGCGCAUCCCAUUCAGCCAUUUCAGCCAUUAAACCUGUGCCUUCUAUCCAAAGCUUCCACGGAGCGAUUCAGCGGCCGAGCUCUCAGACGGCACCCGAGAGAAAGCAAAACGUUCAGCAAUCAGUCGUCGCGAUUCUUUCUUCACACUGUAAUAUCCAAAUCAGCUUACAGAUCUUGACCGCUCAAGCCCUUUUGCCGUCUCUUGGGUGGUGUCUGAGGGUUUCUGGCCACGAGCCUUGUUCAACAUGUCCAUGAACACAUUUUUAGCCUUCAGGAAUCUACAGCUUAUUAAACAAUAUGCAUGCAAAAAGUAAAAAAAGUUAAUAAAAUAUUUUAGAAAAUACCCCCCUCAAAAAAACCCUUAAAAAAAAUAAAAAGAAAAGAAAAAGAACAAAAAAAAAAAUAAUAAUAAAUAAUCAAAUCCAUCAAAGGAGCCUCUAUAUGGGCCAAGACUUUCUCUUUGGACAUGUUGAACCUGGCCCUGACUUUCGUCAACGUUCCACUAACCCUGUGUGAUGGGAGAGCAGAGCUGCAACUCUAUAGGUGACGAGGUAUGCGAGAGUACAAGCCUGGGUUGCUGUGUCAGGUGCUUGCAUUGCCUGCGACUGGGGUGAAUGCCUGUGCCUGAUGCGCUCCCCGGGCUUCAACAUCGUUCAUCCCCGUCACAUCAUUUGUUUUGCUAGAUUAAAUAUGGCUGUUAAGUCUAUGUUUACAGUCUUUGCCUUCAGGUUAUAAGAUUUUCAGGUGACGUUCUCUGUAUUGAAGAAAAGUACUAGGUAUUUAACAUUUCUUCCUUGCUAUUAAGGUCCAUUGUUGUAUAAGAUUAUGAAAAGAUUUGGACCUUGGUAGCUGCAGGAUGGACUGGAUUCAUUGAAUCCCCUCAUUAUUUUGAUCUUGUAUCAAAGUGUGUGCUUUUUCAUGCCAAUAAACUAAGAAACCAGUUAA